AUGUCGAAAUCGGGAACAAUCUUUUUGGGGGAGAUUGUUGAAGGAAUCGGUGUAGGGUUCGCGAUUUCAGAAAUUGGUGAAAUGGGCAGGUUGAUUCAGAGGCUCGUUCACCAGUCUUGUUACCCAAAGCUUAAAAAUUUUAGUUACUCCACAGACUUUCUAAAAAUGGAAGGAGACACCAAUGAAAAACUUUUAAAUGGAGCAGAAGAAGAAGAAGAAAAUGUUAAGCUCAAGGACAAAAUAUGGAAUGAAUCCAAAAAAAUGUGGAUUGUGGCCGGACCGGGUAUUUUUACCCGAUUUUCAUCAUUCGGAGUAAGCGUCAUUAGCCAGGCAUUUAUUGGCCAUAUUGGCUCCACAGAGCUUGCUGCCUACGCUCUGGUGUCUACUGUUCUACUGAGGUUUGCCAAUGGGAUUCUGUUGGGCAUGGCCAGUGGAUUGGAAACUCUAUGUGGACAAGCCUAUGGAGCAAAACAGUACCACAUGCUUGGGGUAUAUCUUCAGCGAUCAUGGCUUGUUUUGGUUGUAACCACAACUCUACUUACACCAAUGUUUCUUUUUGCCAAUCCGAUUUUAAAAGCUUUAGGCCAAGAUGAAAGCAUCGCAGAAGUGGCCGGAACUAUUGGGCUCUGGUUUAUUCCUGUGAUAUACUCCUUUAUUAUAUCAUUUAGCUGCCAAAUGUUCCUACAGGCACAGAGUAAGAACAUGAUUAUUACAUACUUGGCAGCGCUGUCACUAUCAAUCCACGUCUUUCUCUCGUGGCUUUUAACAGUUAAGUACAAGUUUGGGAUUACCGGCGCUAUGGUAUCCACAAUUUUGGCAUACUGGAUCCCUAACGUGGGUCAGAUAAUAUUUGUUCUCUCUGGAGGAUGUCGGGAAACAUGGAAAGGUUUUUCGUUUCUAGCCUUCCAGGAUCUUUGGCCAAUAGUCAAGCUUUCUUUAUCAUCUGGUGCAAUGCUCUGUCUUGAACUUUGGUACAACACAAUACUGGUUCUUUUGACCGGAAAUCUAAAAAAUGCCGAGGUUGCAAUUGAUGCUCUUUCUAUAUGUCUUAACAUCAAUGGUUGGGAAAUGAUGAUUUCUCUUGGUUUCUUGGCUGCAGCAAGUGUUCGUGUCUCAAAUGAGCUUGGAAGUGGGAACUCUAAAGCUGCGAAGUUUUCAAUCAUUGUGACAGUGUUAACGUCAUUAGCCAUUGGACUAGUUCUAUUUGUAUUUUUCUUGUUCUUUCGUGGACGUCUAGCUUACAUCUUCACUAAAAGUCAAGAUGUGGCCAAGGCAGUUGCUCAUUUGUCACCUCUCCUGGCAUUUUCCAUACUCUUGAACAGUGUUCAACCAGUUCUUUCUGGUGUUUCCAUAGGGGCUGGACGGCAGAGCACGGUUGCAUAUGUUAACAUAGGAUCCUAUUACAUCAUAGGAAUUCCUAUUGGAGUUGUGCUUGGUUAUGUUAUCAAACUACAAGUUGAAGGUGUUUGGAUUGGAAUGUUAUUUGGCACGCUCGUCCAAACUAUCAUACUUGUAAUAAUAACUUCCAGAACUGAUUGGGAUAACCAGGUCGAUAUUGCUCGUAGACGGGUUAAUAGAUGGUUUGUGGAAGCUGAAACCGAUACAAAUUCGAGGUCAGCUGCCUGA